AUGAACAUCAUUUUUUGCAUUUUAUGCAUUAUACCUGUAAGUUUUUUUCGCAUUUUUUUUCUUUUGGAAAUACUUAAGAUACAUAAGUGCAUAGAUCAAACUAUAGAAUUAAGUAAAAAGAUGACCCCCAAUUAUGUUUUGUCUAGUCUAGUCUAGCCUAAGUGACUUGCAAAAAGUUACAUACAUAAAUUUUGAAAAAGAGUACCGGAAAAACCAAAGAAUUGCUAACUGUUUAGCCUUGACGAUAUAUUUCCAGUCAGUCAAGGGCACUAUGUUUCUUUAUCUUCUCCUUCUCUUCUCCUUUUUUGUCUCUAUGUGGUCACGAAACCGAGAGGCGCCAAACUGACGCCCCCCUCCCCUCCCCCUAAAAAGCUAAGGGUUACUAUCAGAACGGGGUUGACCAGAACUUUUGAUAACAUAACACAAAAAUUGAUUUUUCUUUCUGCGCUGCAAUUUGAACAAAAAAUAAUUUUUCAUGAUUGAUUGAUAAGUUUUUUCCUAAUUGGAUGAUUUUGUCUGGAACUUGAUUGAACUUUGUAUGAAUGUAUGUACAUAUCAUCUAGGAAACAUUGAGAAGAAACAAAUUUGUAUGCUUGACCUAGCGUAAAAUCGAUAAAAAUCAAUGAACUGCAAAAAGUUUUUUUUGGGAAGCAAAGAAAUCAAAUAAAAUGUGUAUACUAAUAAUAAUAAUAAUGAUGACAAUGAAAAAAGUUUUGUAACAUUAUUAUCAUCAAUCAAUCAACCAACUUUUUUACAGAAUAUAGUAGCAUUUCUACCGUUUUUCAAUAAAGAUGAUUUGAAAUUUACAUUUGGUGUAGAUUCACACGAUAAAGGUAGAGGAACAAAAUAUAAAAUCGCAAAACAAAAAAUAUUUUUAUUUCAGUUCCACAUCACGAAGAAGUAGAUCCUAUUCCAUUUUACCAUUCCAAUAAUGGAAGUUUGGAUAAGAUUCAAUUCCGAGCUUUUGAUAAAUUAUACAAUCUGACGCUUGAGCCAACUUUGGCCAAACUUCUCUCACCAAGUGCCACUUUUAUUCGGAAAAAUGAGAGACGCGGUGGAAGCUUGAAAUUUGGCGAGAAGAAUAUUGAAAAUUGUCAUUACCAUCAUUAUUCCAAAACAAUCCAUGCCGCUAUAAGUAAUUGCGACGGAAGAAUUGUAAGUUUUUUCCAACCACUUGACUUUUCGAAACUUCCUUUUAAUAACCGUUUCCUUUCUAGAAAGGAACUGUGAUUGACAAUGGCGAAAUAAUUGUUAUUCACCCGUUCCCUGAUCGACAUGCACAUCGUUCAAAACGAAGUUCGGGUAGGUCAAAGAAUGAAGAUCAAAAUACUUUCAUGUUUUUUUUUCUAGAAAAUGGAGCGCACGUUGUUUACAAGCGGAGCACUUUGAGUGGCGAGGUUCCAAAUGAUUUUUGCGGUUUGGAUAAUGUUGUGACCGAAGAAUCAUUGCUAGAAGAUGAGAGUGCGAUUUUUGAGGAUGUUUUUGUGACAGGCCAGAAGCUUACACAACAAUCAGAUCUUAUUGUGAGUUUUGGUUGUCUUGUGCCCGGAAAAAAAUUAAUCAAUUUUAAAAUUCCAGGUUGAACUUGCGGUUUUCAUCGAUGAGAACCUUUGGAAACACUUUAGCAGUAAAUACGGUGGUUCAGCUGAUCGCAAACUUCAAGAUUACACUUUGACACUUCUCAACAAUAUUCAAAUAAUGUAUUAUCAACCAACAGCCAGUCCUCCACUCACUUUCCGUGUCAUUCGAUAUGAAGUGCUUACCAGACAACCGGUAAGUGCCAUUCAUUCAUAACAAGAUGAUUUUCUUGCUAAAUAUAUGUGUACGAUGAAGGAAACCCCCCGCAAUUAUUUUUUUUGCAGUCUUUCAUCGCUGGACACGAGCACAAAUAUGGAAACGCAGUCGAAUAUUUGGAACGUUUCUGUCGAUAUCAAAGAAAUUUGGCUGUACGUGAUUGGGAUCACGCCAUCAUGUUGACUGGGUAAGCGGCGGAGAAGAGAUUGAAAUCGGGAGAGGGGGCGCAAUUUUCGUGCGCUGAUGACUGAACAAGAUUGUAACCGAAACUGAACUGAAUUGAAUGCAAGACGUUUUUUGUUUGUUUGCAGAGAGAAACACACAUUGAUUAAUUGUUUUGUUUGAGAAUUUUUAGAUAACAUUCGGCAACUUUUUUUGGGGAUAAAAAGCAUAGGUGUUCAGAAAUCAGAUUGAGAAAAGUUGAGGAUCAGGACUUUAACUUUUUUUUUGGUUUGGAAUAGUGUACUUUUUUAGGAUUCCGAAAUUGGCAAUUUUUUUAAAAACAAUUUUCAGAAAACCUUUAAUAUUCUCAGCCCCAAAAAAUCUCUUUCAACUUCAAAAAUACAAAAUUUUUUCAGAUAUGACAUUCAUCGUGGAGCCGGAUCUCGCUCAAUCUCUGGAAUCGCACGUCUCGACGGUAUGUGUGAUCCAGGAAACACUUGCACCCUUGCCGAAGGUCUCGAUUUCACAUCAGCCUUCAUCGGAACACAUGAACUGGGUCACAGGUUUGUUUCAACAAAAAAAACUAAACCCAAUCUGAUUUGCAGCGUUGGAAUGCGUCACGAUGAACCAUAUUGUCAAUCGAAGCAUAUAAUGUCAUCUUCAUUGGGACCCGGAAAAGUCACGUGGUCCACAUGUUCUUUGCGCGAUUACCAUCAAUUUUUACAACGUCUCGAGUGCGUAAUUAAUUUGAUUUGUUUUGUUUCUUCUUUUUUUUUUUGGUUCGGUUUCAAAAUUGAUACCAAAAAAAAAGAAGAAAUAUGAUGAUGAUGAUGAUAAUGAUUUUCAAAAAAAUUUUUUUUUCAGUGCCCGCGGAAGAAAUUGCUUACGCGUCACAAAUAUGCCAACAAAGCUUGAAAUUAAAUCGAACGUAAAGCCUGGUCAAAUUUACGAUGCUAAUCUUCAAUGCGAAUUGAUGCAUGGAAGCGGCUAUCAGCAGGUAUAUCUUUUAUUUGAUUUUUUUUCCUCUUCCGCAUCUGUAGGAAAAAAAAAACUUUUUAAUUCGCAAUUUUGAAGUGCAUAGUUGAAGUCUCAAGUAUAUUUCCGGUAAUUAUUCUUUUCUCAAAACUUUUCUUUUUUUCAAAAUGAAUAGAGAAAUGAAAUUGAAAUAAAACGGAAAGACGAAAAAAUAAAAUAAAUCUGUUUGAUUUCAACGAAAAAUGCUGACCACAUACAUACAUUGCGAUCCAUUUCCGGUGUAUAUCUAUUUCUCUUCAACUUUUUCUCGUCUUCUCUUCUUUUUGGCGCCCUGGGUUCUUUAUUUCUCAACUUGUUUUGGUCUAGAAGAAAAGAAACAAUAACAAGAUAUGAAUUUGGAAAAAAACGUAGCAGACAAGACAAGACAAGAAAAAAUGAAAAAAGAUUGAUUUUCAGGUCACACCUAGACAAGAUUCGUAUGAUGGAAUUUGUUAUAUGAUGUGGUGUGGACAAUCAUCGUUUGGUAGAAUUAUUACAUCACAUCCAGCGUUAGAAGGUAGAUAUUCGAGAAUUUUUGAAAAAAAAUUUUGAAAUCAAAAAUGUUAAAAUUAAAAUUCCAAUUCCCAAAAAACUAUUUCAGGAACCUUCUGUGGUCCAAACAAAUGGUGUCAACUCGGUCGAUGUGUUCCUUGGACCGGUACCAACGAGAUCAACCCACCAACAGCUCAAACCUACGCACCAGUCACCACCACAACCCUACCAUCAAGAAUCGAUGGUGGAUGGUCUGGCUGGAGUGGAACUUAUUGUCAACAAUGCACAUGUAAUGAUAUUGUUGGCUCAGUCGGUCUUGCCGUCUCCAAACGAACGUGCUCCAAUCCAUACCCAGCAAAUGGUGGAAAUGAUUGUUAUGGCUCACAAACUCGAGCAGUUAUGUGUAGUCGACAAUGCUCGCGCGCUUAUAAAUCGGUUGAUGAUUAUAUCAGUGAGAAGUGUAUGGAGCAAAAACGAUUGAAAAAUGAUCGAGAAUUGACUGGAAAGGGUAGUCAACUUAAUCGAUUCCCACAAAGAGCUUGCAAAGUGUUUUGCGAUGUUCAACAACAUUAUGGAAGUCAGAGGAAUUAUCGAUUCUUUGGUGAUAAUUUACCAGAUGGUACAAGUUGUGGAAAUGAUCGAUAUUGUUUAGAUGGUGAAUGUUUGGUAAGUGAUUUCAUUUUUUUAAAAUCUAAAAUCUAUCAAAAAAUAUAUUUCUUCAGGCUUUAUCUUGCAAUAACAACGCGUUGAUUAGCCGUGAUUUAUCUUGCCCAACUGAAUCUUGCCCAAUCGCAUCAAAUUCGCCAUCAACAUUCACUGGAAUCUGGUCAACCUGGAGUCUUUGGACGCAGUGUACUGUAUCUUGCGGUGGCGGAUAUCGCAGAAGAAAUCGUGCCUGCUCAAUCUCCGGACAAUGUGACGGACAAGAAACUGAAAACGAGACGUGUGGAACGCAAGCUUGCCCAGCUGUUGCGGCAAGCGGAAAUCAAUGGAGCACAUGGACCGAGUGGAAUCGAUGUUCAGUGUCUUGCGGAAGAGGAUCACAAGCCAGAUAUCGUAAAUGUCUUAGCCCAUAUCGAACAUUGGCAUUUGACUGCCCUGGUGAGAAUAAAGUCACUGCUUCGCUUCGAAUAACAUUUCAUAAAGGUUUUUGGGUUUUUAACAAACAUUUUACUAACCUUUUGUUGAUUUUGGUGUAACUGGAUAAACAUUUUUGAAUAAUAAUUCUCUCAUCCAGUUACCCUAACAUUGUCAUUUUCCCAUUGUGUUGUUUGUGUUUCCGCACGUUUUUCUGUUUUUAUCACCUAGUAUUUCCCAUUUUACCCCAAUUUUUUUCCAGAAAAAAACAUCGAAGUUCGCUCGUGCGACAAUGGUCCCUGCAACGCGAUCGGAGUCUGGGGAACUUGGGCAUCGUGGAGCACUUGCUCAACAUCUUGCGGAGCUGGAACAAUGGUCAGACAACGCACAUGUAAUCGAGAACCUUGCGACGGCUCAGCUCACGAACGCCGAUCUUGCAGUGUUGCACAAUGUCAGAAUGAUGGAAUCUGGUCACUAUGGAAUGAAUGGUCCGAUUGUAGUCGAGUGUGCGGAAAAGGACUGCGAAGUCGAAGCAGAUCGUGUUUUGGAAGUGGAUGUCCUGGUCAAAGCAGUGAACAACAAUUCUGUAAUGAGCAAGCGUGCGCAACAAAUUUCGGAGGAGAUUGGGGAACUUGGUCGAUGUGGUCGUCUUGUUCAGUAAGCUGCGGAGCCGGUGUUAAACGUCGCACAAGAUAUUGUCAAAGUGGAAAUUGUCCCGGAAAUUAUAAAGAGUCUGCAAUUUGUAAUGAUAGAGAAUGUGAAAAUCGUAAUGCUGCAUGGGGAGGUAAAUAUUCUUCUUUUUUUUCAUUUUUUUUUGAGAUUUUAUCAUAACCCUUUUAGAUAACGAAAUCAGUUUCUAACAAAUAACAACAACAACAAGGUAUAACAAAAAAAAACUUUCCCUAUUAUCAUGUAGAAAAGUGGCGCCAGCCAACCAAAAAAAGUGAUUUAUUGUUGUUGUGUUUUUCUCUGUCUGUACCCAAUGUUCCUUUAAGUUUUGUUUCUACCCUCCUUCAAGUUAUCAUAACUCAAGAAAUCAAUGUUUUUGCAGGUUGGGGAUAUUGGUCAUCUUGUAGUGAAACAUGUGGGGAAGGUAUUCGUAAACGUGUUCGAAAAUGCUACGGUAGCGGAAAUUGCGAUGGUCAACAAUAUGAAAAGCAGUAUUGUAACUUACGAACAUGCGAUUUCCGGCGGAGGUUUUAA